GUACGCGAUUCUCACGUGGCGGCAAGUUCAAAAACUCCAAAAUCGUCCCAGAAACGGGAAAGGAGCGGAGUCCAUUUUGUUGGUGCUCUAGCUCGCUGUCGUUGGCCUGCUUAUUUUGCCGAUUUUGAACGCGCGGAGGAGUCGGCCCUUCUUCCUAUUAGAUAUAUUUGAUCAAAGAUGGCGCUGAAGCGGAUCAACAAGGAGUUGCAGGACCUUGGCAGAGACCCGCCAGCCCAAUGCUCGGCAGGACCCGUCGGCGACGACCUUUUCCACUGGCAAGCCACCAUUAUGGGCCCCCCCGACAGCCCUUACCAAGGCGGCGUCUUUUUCCUCACCAUUCACUUCCCUACAGAUUAUCCCUUCAAGCCACCAAAGGUGGCGUUCACCACUAGAAUCUACCACCCUAAUAUCAAUAGCAAUGGCAGCAUCUGCCUGGACAUCUUGCGGUCUCAAUGGUCGCCAGCACUGACCAUAAGCAAGGUGCUGCUCUCCAUCUGCUCGUUGCUGUGUGACCCCAACCCAGACGACCCCCUCGUUCCGGAGAUUGCCCGGAUAUACAAAAUGGAUCGCGAAAAGUACAGUGAACUGGCCCGCGAAUGGACUCGCAAGUAUGCCAUGUGAUCCCCCUCCUGUACAAGGCUGGACCCUUCUGCGCUUUGGAGACGCCGCAUCAAUCUGCCAAUAAAGUUUACCGCUUGAUUCCUUCUUUCUCCUCGCCGAGUGCAACCUAGGGUCUUGAGUCAAAAUUGCACCCUAGGGCACACUGAUUUUUCAAUGGGAAGAGAAGCAGCAUCUUAAAUGACGCGACUGGCCUUCGAAAACCCAUCUGCCUUCUUCUGCGUAACUUAUUAAUUUUACUUCUGGUUAAUUCAAAAUUUUCUGUGCUACCAAAUAAUAAUUGCCCUAAACAAGACUCACCCAGCAACUCGACCUUUUAUCCAGCUGCUGAGAAAAAUAUCAACAUGUGAUUAUUUGAGUGGGAAAGUUAUUGGUUUUUGUGUUAGGUGUCUCCUCUUACUAAUUCGUACUUCCCAAAUCAUAUUGAAUGCAGCAAUUUUGUAAAUUUGAAACAAACGUUGGUCCUUGUCUGGUCUUUGAGCCCCUCCUCCUACUUCUCAAGUAUUUUUUUUCUUUUCUAUUUAGGCAUACAAAAACAAUAAGCCAAAAUUGAACGCAACCCUAAUACAAACCAAAAUUAAAUGCAACCAAAAUACAAAGAAGCAAAUUGCAAUUACCUAACUCCAUUUUUUUUUCUCUUUUGCUAAUGAACGCUUCCGCUUCAAGUGUUUUAAAUUUUUAAAAUAAAUCAUUCUGCUUCUCCUCUGCUUUCAAGUAAGAUUGUAAAAUGCCUCACUUAUAGACGUCAAUGAAAUAUAAGAAUGCGGAAAAAUAAAAUUGAGUUUUAAGUUUAAAAA